CUCAGUAGUUACAAGUGUUAAUCUUGCAAGUGUAGUUGAGUGCCGUUUGGGGAAGGCAUGGAGGAACUAUUUGUGACUGGUUAAUCAUUCCUGAGAUUGAUGUAAUGACUGUCAAAGCGUUAGACGGUUUAUUUUGGAUACCGAAAUUUUUCAUCAACAAAAUCCUGAUUUAUUGACACGGGCAAGAGGAAAAUAAAGAUGACGGAAAGUUUAAUAAAUGAAUGGUUAGCAGACUGUGCAGAUGUCUCACCAUCAGAACUUCAUACUUUUGCCACUACUUUAUCGCAAGACAAUGAAAUAGUUAGAGCACUUUAUGUACUCUUGGAAGAACGUAGUAAAUAUAGUCAGUUGGUGGAUACAGUAUGUGAUCAGUUAUAUAAUUUUUAUCGUUCCCGAGAAACAGAAUUGCAAAGGUUCACCUUGCAGUUCUUACCAACAUUGGUGUACAUUUAUUUGAAUUCUGCAGCUCAUGGUGAUAUUAAGAAUUGUCGGUCUGUAGAAACAUUAUUGAUUGGUUUGUAUAAUCUGGAAAUAGUGGAUAAAUCUGGACAGCAAAAGGCAAUUUCUUUUAGAUUACCAUCACUUGCUAUGCUUUCCAUAUUUCAUGAACCUGCAAGUCUGGCACCUGCCUCAUUAACAGAAAGUGCAGUACGUAGAUUUGAAGAGUGCAAUACAAAACUUGUUAGCUGGGGUCCAUUACAACAAGUUGAAACACUCAAUGCUCAGAACAGAUUGAAAGUUAUGACUGCUCUUCUUUUUAUCUAUAAUCAACAACUUGGUUAUAUAAAUAAAUUUGCUUUGGAACAACUAUGCAAAGUUGCUACCAAACUUGUUACUCAAGGAUUUAUGAAACCAGGACAUCAUCAACGAUCUUCAUAUGGAAGUGAGUCUAGUUUUGUUCCUAGGCUUUUACCGCGUAUACCUGUAUCCAGUCAAUUUCUCCUUGAAUUUUUGCAUGCUGUAUACUUUGCAAUGAAAAAUGACUGUUGGUAUUUAGGAACACAAGCAGUGGAAGAUAUUCAUAAUCGAGCAUGUUAUGAAACAUAUCCAGAUGUCAUGCUAGUCACAAAUGCUAUACGCAAUUCUGCCAGUACUGGGCCAUCAGGUCAACCUAGUGAUGGACCAAUUGGCAUUAGUGUUGCGUUAUCUCCAGCUACUGCAACCGCGACAGUGUCUAAAUCAAUGAUUACAAAUGCUUCAUUCCGGACCAAAAAGUUACCAGAUGAUAUACCGAUUCAAGAAACGAAGGAGGAUUCUGGAGGUGAGGGUAAGAGUAAUCUUGUUUCAAUCACAGAAGAAGAACCCAUAGAGCCGAACAGAGUUGGUUCAAUGAGACAAUUGAAGGAUUGAAAGACUACAUCGAAAAUCAGAAAUUUUUCGGUACUUGAAAAGGAGCCAUGUGAAAAGAAUGGUAAGAUUGUUAAGAAUGCUCUUGCUAGUGCACCAGAAAAGGAAAAGAAACUUGGAUCUCAAGCGACUUUAAAAGAGAGUAUUAAAGGUAGUUCCUCAAUGUUCAAUAGUGAAUCAACAAAAAUCAAUGGAAAUGUUAAUGGGUGUUCAAUCAGAAAAAAGAAUAAUAGUGUAGAAAAUAAUUCAGUUGCAGUAGACACUAAUGUUUCUUUUAUCGAUGGCGAACGUCUUGCGUUAGGCGGACACAUAGAAAACAUUAAUAUGGAAAAUCCUAUUAUUUUAAAAACGCAUAAUGACACAGAACCUUCGUCUCUUCAGGUCACCUCUGUUUAAGUUAUUACAGAUAGAUUUAUAAAACAAGAACAACAAAAUUAGUAGUG